CUGACACCACAGCAGGGCAGACAGGACAACAGCUGCCCCUGCUAAGGAUGAAGCUGGAGAUGGCUCUGGCCACAGCCCUAGUCCUGGCUGUGGUGUCCUGGACACAGGAGUUUUUCCCUAAGGAGGCCCACACUCUCAACUGGGGCAAGUUUUCAGGCUUCUGGUACAUUAUUGCCAUCGCCACAGACACCCAAGGAUUCUUGCCGGCUAAAGACAAGAGGAAGCUGGGGGCAUCUGUGGUGAAGGUGCACAAAACAGGCCAGCUCAAGGUGGUCAUCGCCUUCAGCCGGCCUAAGGGAUGCCAGUCCAUGGAGACGAUACUGAAGAAGGAUAGAAAGAAACCUGUGUUCAGGAAUACUUUGAAGGGGAUAAAGGGUUUCCAUGUGCUGUCCACUGACUACACAUACGGCCUGGUAUACCUUCGCCUGGGGCGUGCAGGCAACAACUACAAGAGCCUGCUGCUCUUCAACAGACAAAACAUCUCUAGCUUCCUGAGUCUUCGAGAAUUCCUGGACACCUGUCAUAUUCUGCAGCUCACCAAUCAGGCCACCAUCCUUCCAAAAGACGGUACUACAUGGCCUCAGGCUUUUAUUCUGCUGCCCCCAUUAUGCCCCACUAGACAGCUGGUCCAUGUUGGAGCUGUGUUCUGCUACAAGGAGCGUGAGCAGCGGGAGCUCCUCAUUUGGAGGCCUCCCGGGCUGGCUCACCUGCUCGCUGGGUCAGCUUUCUGA